AUGGAUGGUUAUGAAGCAACAAGAAUAGUCUUCUCAAGAAUCCAAAACCUAGACCCAGAGAAUGCUUCAAAAAUCAUGGGUCUUCUUUUGAUUCAAGACCAUGGCGAAAAGGAAAUGAUUAGGUUGGCUUUUGGACCAGAAGCACUUGUUCACUCAGUGAUCCUUAAAGCCAGGAAAGAACUAGGACUUAGCUCUCCAUCAAACCCUUCUACAAGUCCUUCCUCUCCUUCUCCUCUUUACUCAAGCAACCCAAUACCCAUCUCUAGACAAAAUUCGUCAUCUACAACUUCAAGACUCGGGUUCAAUAUCCCACCUUCACUUACUAUACCAAACCCUUCAUCAAAUAAUUCUUCUUCUUGGAGUGACCUUCCAAACCCUGAUGACUUGAUUAGUCCUAAUGGUAGCUCACUCAAUCCUGCUUCAGUGCCUUUCUAUGCUAAUGGAGUAAGAGGUGGAGGAGAGUCUGAUUUGAUGGAUGAGUUUCAGCUCCAAGACCAGCUUUCUUUUUUAAACGAUAAUUCGCCAAAUCUUGGUCCUAAAAGUUCAGAUCUUUUUUACCCUCAACUUGAUGCUUUAUCAAGCCCAAAUGGUGCUAGUGAUUCUAUGAUGUUUCCUUCUUACUGGGGUGGGUCUGUACACAGAAGGAGCUGUUCUGUAAGUGAUGUUUUGGGGUCUGAGGAUCCAAAUUCAGGGUUUGGAUGGAGACCUUGUCUUUACUUUGCUAGAGGGUACUGUAAGAAUGGAAGUAACUGUAGGUUUGUUCAUGGUGGGCUUGGAGAAUCAGAUGGUGUAGGUGUUGCUGUGGGUUCCCCAAAUAGUAACAACAAGAUUGAUAUGAUGGACCAGUGCCAUGAGUUGCUUAGAUCUAAGUCUGCCCAACAGCAAAGGUUAGCUGCUGCUUCUCAGCUCAUGGGUGGCUCUGCUGCUUCUUUUCCUUACUCUCCUAAAAACAUGAACUUUCUUCUUCAACAGCAACAAAAUGAUAGUCAGAGGGCCGCCGCCGCCGCUGCUUUGAUGAUGGGGGAGGACAUGCACAAAUUUGGAAGAUCCAGGCUUGAUAGGAAUGAUUCGGUUAAUCCUGCUUCAAGGCAGAUCUAUUUGACUUUCCCAGCUGAUAGCACUUUCAGAGAGGAAGAUGUGUCAAAUUAUUUCAGCAUCUACGGACCAGUGCAAGACGUGAGGAUUCCUUAUCAGCAGAAGAGGAUGUUUGGAUUUGUUACUUUUCUUUAUCCAGAGACAGUGAAGAUAAUCUUGGCCAAAGGGAAUCCUCAUUUUGUUUGUGAUGCAAGGGUGCUUGUUAAGCCUUACAAAGAGAAAGGCAAAGUCCCAGACAAGAAGCAGCAGCAGCAACAGGUUGAGAGGGGCGAGUUCUCACCAUGUGGUACUCCUACUGGUCUUGAUUCAAGAGAUCCCUUUGAUCUCCAACUCGGAGCAAGAAUGUUUUACAAUACUCAAGACAUGUUGUGGAGGAGGAAGCUAGAGGAGCAAGCUGAUUUGCAGCAAGCCCUUGAACUUCAAGGUAGAAGAUUGAUGAGUUUGCAGCUUCUUGAUGUCAAGAAACAUCAUAAUAGGGCUCUUUCCACUGGCAGCCCUGUCCCCUCUCCAACUCAAUCUCCCAAUAUUUUCAAUCAAUCUCUGGCCUUUCCUCCACUCCACGGUAACACAGAAGUUCCACAAGAGAAUUGUUCCAGCCCAAUGCCAGCCAUCUCAGUGACUGCCCCACCUGAAAAACAGGUACCAAAUGCUACUUCUGGUAAAGAAUAUACUGGCAGUGAAGAGAAUGGCAGUGGAAAAGAUAGCUCUCAGGGUGAAGACAUUGAUUUACAAGAAGGUUUGGAGCACAACCUCCCUGAUAGUCCCUUUGCAUCUCCUACCAAAGGCUCUGGGGACUACUACUCCGCCUUCAUCCAUGGAGUUACUGAUCAGGCUCAUGAAAAGGAUGCUAACAUUCCAACUUCAUCUUCUGCUAACAAUAAUUUGGUCACUUCAAGUCUAAUCUCUCCUAAUUCUUCACUAGAAAUGGCAUCCUUCAAGUCCUUCAAUUGCCAAAUGCCUAGGUUUUCAUCUGGGCAUGGAGCAAUUGGGAUGAAGAUUGAGAAGUGUAACCAAACAAAAACUCACAUCAAAGAUCAUGUAGAGAUCGAAACAUCACCACCACUUGUAGGGAAAGAAGGGAGAGAUAAAGGGGCCAGAAGGGAUAACAUCACAUGGGAUGAUGACGAUGCAUGGCUGGAGCCCCCUGCAAGAGGCAGCCCUAAAGAGUACCUAGGCCCAAACUUGGUGUCUAUGACCACUUUGAGCUCGAAUACCGAUGGCCCAAUGGGAUUUAAACUUCAUCUACGGUGA